GUAAAUCCGCACCCGGACCGGCAUGCCGACAACGCGCAGCCGCGCAAAGGCGGGCGCCAACGGCAAUGAGCCGCCCGCCACGCCCGCCCCCGCCUCCUCCCCCGAGGCCGCCGCCACCGCGGCGGCGGCGGAGGCAGCGGACGCCGCGCACCCGCUCCCCCCCGCGCUCGUGUCCGCCAUCCCCCGCCCCGGCGGAUCCCUGGAUGACCUGUGCCGGCUGCAGUACGACGCCGACGGCGGGCCGGCGGCGGCGCGCGACCACGUGCAUGUGCACGGCCGCCGCCGCCGCGCCGCCGCGCCGCCGGCCAGCUCGGAGCUGGGCGGCAUGGCGCUGCUGGUGCUUCUGUACAUGGUGCAGGGCGUGCCGCUGGGGCUCACCACGGGCGCGCUCCCCUUUAUGCUGUCAUCCAAGCUGUCUUACACACAGAUGGGCAUAUUCGGCCUGGCCGCCUACCCCUACUCCCUCAAGCUGCUAUGGAGCCCGAUCGUGGAUUCCGUUUAUUUCAAAUCCAUGGGCCGCCGCAAGUCCUGGAUCGUGCCGAUCCAGCUCCUGACAGCUGCGCUGCUGCUGGGCUGCGCCGGCUGGAUCCAGCAGCUGUACGAGGCGGCUGACGUGGUGUCGCUGACGGGGCUGUUCCUGGUGUUCGUAUUCCUCAUGGCCACGCAGGACAUCGCUGUGGACGGCUGGGCGCUGACGCUGUUGUCGCCCGCCAACGUGUCGUACGCCAGCACCUGCCAGACGGUGGGGCAGACCACGGGCAUAUUCACCAGCUUCACGGUGUUCCUGGCGCUGCAGGAUGCGGCCUUCUGCAACAAGUACAUCCGCGCCCACUCCUGGCUGGGCUCCCUCAUCGGCGCCACGCCCGCCGACCUCAACCUGCCUGUGGGGCUGGUGUCCCUGGCGGGGUACAUGCGCUUCUGGGGCUGGGUGUUCGCGGCCGUCACGGCGGCCAUAGCGCUGUUCGUCCGGGAGCGGAGCGAGGAGGAGCUGGAGGCGGCGGCGGCGGCGCGGCACGACGGCGACGCGCGCGCGCUGCGGGCGCCGCUGAGCGGCGAGGAGCGCGCGCUGCUGGGCAUGGCGGGCUCCGGCUCCGGCUCUGCCGCCUCCCCGGCUGCGGGCUCCGGCUCCGGCGGCGGCUCCGGCGGCGGCUCGGUCAUGUCGGAGCUGGCGGACGCCUACCUGGGCCUGUGGCGGGUGGUGCGGCUGCCGGCGGUGUGGCGGCUGAGCGUGCUGCUGCUGACGUACAGGCUGGGGGUGCUGGCUGCGGAGGGCGCCGCCAGCCUCAAGCUGAUCGACAAGGGCGUGGCCAAGGAGGCGCUGGCCUUCCUGGUGCUGUUCCAGUUCCCGGUGGAGCUGCUGUCGGCUGUGGUGGCGGGCCGCUGGGCCGCCAGCCGCUCGCCCUACUGGCCCUUCAUGACAGGCUACGUGCUGCGGCUGCUGACCGCCGGCGCCACCGUGGCUUUGACCGCGGCCUUCCCCGCCGGCGCCACCUCGCUGUCCGAGCACCGCGGCGCGUUCGGCGCGCUGGCCGCCGUCAGCCUGGCCACCAGCUUCGUGUCUUACCUGAGCUUCACAGCCUUGGGCUCCUUUUUCAACACCGUGUCGGACCCGGCCAUGGGCGGGGCCUACCUGACACUGCUCAACACCAUCGCCAAUAUGGGCUACCUGCUGCCCCGCACCCCCAUGUUUUGGGUCAUGGACAUGCUCACCGUGCCGCGCUGUACGGCAGCGGGCGGCGCGGACGCGGCGGCGGUGGCGGCGGGCGCCGUGCUGCCGUACGCCUGCCCCAAGAAGCUGUCCGACAUGGCGCGAGGCGACAGCGAGUGCGCGGCGGCGGGCGGCGUGUGCAGCCUGGCCAGUGACGGCUACUACAUCAUGUCCAGCGUGAGCCUGGUGGUGGGCGUGGGCCUGGCGCUGGCGUACCUAGGGUUCGUGUGGCGGUUGAUGCGGUUGCCGCUCAGCAGCUGGCGCGCCACGGCAGCGCGGGCGCCGGCCGGCGGUGCCGGCGACGCGCGGGGCAAUGCGGAGAUAGAAGCAGAGAAGAAAUGGCUGUGAGCUGGUGGUGGUGUGCUUGAUAAGAGCGUGGAGGUGGACGUGGAGGUUUUGUGCAUGUGGGUGCGUGGAGGGAGCGAGUGGAGGGCGGGAAACGGGUGUGCGAUGGGACAGUGGUAAGGCAGGUUGGUGAAGUCCCGCAGGGUGCAGCUGACUCCCAGACCCCAGCAGAUAGCAAACAAUGUGCAACGGCAGGGCAGGAGUGCGCGGCUGGUCGAACGACGGAGUUACAUGUGUUUUGUGCGUGCCUCCGUGGCGAAGGACUCUGUGAAACAUUGUUACGCGCCGAGCGAGAGAGUUUUGUUUUGGUGUAAGAAGCCGGCUGUCGCGGUACCGUACCCCGUACCAUAUUUGCAGAGGCGGGCCACGAGCGAGCCGACGAGGAAACACAGCUGAGGGGUGGCUGUCUCAAUAACCGCAACCAUAGGCCGUGUGAUGGUGUGACCCUGCCCUACCACCAUGUGGCUGCUCGACAAGCCCAAGGAAAGGCCAGGUGGGGGCAAUGACAACCGUUCAUUCAAAUGGCAACAGUGCGACCACACCUGUGCGAGGUGGCACCUAUCGCUAAGCGCCACAUCCUCGGCGCAUGUAGACGCGGACUCGAAAGGGUGGCACGCAGGCGGGCAGGCUAGACGAAUGUGACUUAUGGGCUGCAACGGCAAGGGCGUCUCGGCGCGGCGUACGUGGUAGCUGCUUGGGGCCCAUCGAACUAGGGGCAGGCAGGGACCGGAGCGUUGGGACAGGUCGGAGCUGCGACUGAGGGGAAACCAGUGGUACGGCAAGCACGAGCUUCAGCUCAAGGGAGCCUCCCCUGCUUCAGCUAAUCAUGAACGCUGCAGCGUUGCUCCUAAUUGAUUGGUCACUCAUGCGGCACUUGUAAGCUCUAAGCAUG